AUGACAGGGAAGAGACGGAUUCCAGAGCUAGUGGUGGAGGUGAAGGGACAGAGGCUGGCAACGGAGGCGAGAAUUAAGAUUCUAGGUGUGUGGAUAGAUAAGAACUUAUCGUUUAUCCCACACGUAGAGGAGGUGUGCGGGAAGGCUACGAGGAGCAUGGUGGCUCUCGGCAAGAUAAUGUCUAACAUAGGAGGGGCAAGGGCCAGCAAGAGGAAGGUGAUGGCGUCUGCCGCCAUAUCCAUACUGGGCUAUGCGGUAGAGGUUUGGCAGCCGGCACUGAGGUGGGGAACCGCUCGGACGAGGUUAGAUCGGGUGCUACGGUUGGCGGCGAUUCGGGUGGCGAGCGCAUAUAGAACGGUGCCUACGCAAGACAUCAUGGUAGUGGCUGGGAUUCCCCCCGCGGAAGUACUCUUUAACGGCAGAGCGAACGGGUGGAGCGAGGCGAGGAGAACGGAGGAGUGGCAGUCACGUUGGCUGACGAGAGUGUCAUGGACGAAGACACUGAUCCCGGACCUGACAGAAUGGAAGGAUAGAAGCCACGGGGAGGUGGAUUACCACCUCACGCAGCUGUUAACGGGGCACGGCGAAAACGGGGUGUUCCUUGCCAAGAUCGGCAAGAGAGUGGACGAAAGGUGCCGAGAUUGCGGACAGCGAGACCAUCAGGGGCACGCAGCGUUUGAGUGUCAGAGAUGGGCGGCGGAGAGGGCGGUGAUGGAAACCGAGGUGGGAGUGCGACUAGGGCCACACAACCUAAUAAGCACGAUGCUGCGAGACGAGGCGAGUUGGGGCGCGAUAGCGCGGUACUGGCGGGUAGUGUGUAGUGCGAGAGAGAGGGACUCGUGGAGUAGGACAUAG